AUGCCUGAUCCCCUCAAGAACACAAGUAAGGCUAAAGUUGCUCACACUUCUGGUUGUGACCCAGCUGAAGAGGAGAUCAACAAGAAUGGACAAGGAAUUGCUGAGAAUACCAAUGUUACUGAGGAUGUCAAUGACAUCGAAGAUAAUGAGCACACUAAGAGUGCACAAGUGAAAAUCCCGGUCAAAGACUCUGUCAAGAAGAAGAGAACUUCUGCUGGUCCUAUCAAGAGCAGAGAUGUGGCUAAGAGUACAUGGGUUGGUCCAUCAAAAUCUUGGAGCAAGGUUGUUCCAAAGAAAAGAAAGGAGCAGGAAAUUGUUGAAUCUGAGUCGGAUGUUGAAGUGGAUGUUCCCGUCAUUGCAUCAAGGAAAAAGCCUACAACCAGCAAGCUUGCUGCAAGUAUUCCUGAAGUUCCUAUUGAUAAUGUGUCAUUCCACUAUGCCUCCAGUGCCAGCAGGUGGAAAUAUGUGCUCCAAAAGAGACUGGCUGUUGAAAGGGAGUUGGCUCCAAAUUCUCUCGAGAACAAGGAGGUCUUAGAGCUAAUUCAGGAAGUUGGACUAUUGAAGACUGUUUGCAAUCUUCCCAAGUGUUAUGAGAAGCUGGUCAAAGAAUUUGUGGUGAACCUAUCUGAAGAUUGUGGAAACAGCAUGAGUGUAGACUUCAGAAAGGUGUUUGUGAGAGGUAAGUGUGUAUCAUUCUCUCCUUCUGUGAUUAAUAAAUUCUUGGAAAGAACAGAUGAAGCUCAACCUGAGCUUGAAGUGACAGACAACAAGGUUUGUCAAGUGAUCACAGCCAAGCAGGUAAACAGCUGGCCCCUAAAAGAGAAACUAACUGCAAGUAAGCUGAGCAUUAAGUAUGCAAUGCUUCACAAGAUAGGAGCAGCUAAUUGGGUACCAACAAAUCACAAGUCCACUAUCUCAACUAUUCUCAAUUACCAUGAUGUAGUAUGCAAAAGAGAAAGCCCCUUGGCUUUCCACUAUAAAUUAUUUCAAGGUACGCAUGUUCCAAACAUUGUCAUGACAUCGGCUGACACAUCCAAGUCUGGAGCAUCAGCCAACAAAGCAUAA